AUGCCUAUCCAACUUGGAGAAGAAUUGCUUAACAAGCUAACGCCCCUUGAAGGAUCGCUGCCUGAAGAAACCCUAUUCAUCUCUCUCUGUUGCCCACCACCAACCCCAAAAAUGUUGAGAAAUUCGAAGAAGCGAAAGGUGAAUUUGAGAAAAUCGAAGAAGCAAAAGGUAACAGAGGAAGAAGCACCAAUCAAUAAGUUGCCAGAUGCAGUCCUCGUAAAAAUUCUCUCACUUCUGCCAACAGAGGAAGCAUUCAGAACUUGUGUUAUCUCUAAAAAGUGGCAAACUCUCUCAACUUUAAUUUAUAGCUUCAAUUUCAAUUGUUCAGAAUACCAGGAAAGAGAAGAUUUAUCAUUUAUUCAUAAUGCAUUAGAACAUUCCCGCUCUUCCAAAAUCGAAAAGUUCGAACUCGACUUAACUGAAUGCAUGGACUUGUGUCAAUUAGACUACAAUUUGAAGUUUGAUUUUGAUUUCCUAGUCAAUCGUUGUUGUAGAUUUGCUAUUAAGAGAAAUGUGGAAAAUCUUGUAUUGGGUUUUUAUAGUCCUGAAGAGUGCCCAUUGCCUGAAUCUCUCUACACCUGUUCGUCAUUGAUAACUUUAGAUGUUACGCUAUGUUGUGGCUUUAUUAAUGAUGCGGUCAUUUCGUGGAACUCUCUAAAGAGCAUAACAUUGGGGUAUGUGGUGUUUACCGAUGAGGACAUGGUGAAAUUACUGUCAGGCUGUCCUUCAUUGGAAACAAUGGAAUUAUAUAGGUAUGACGGUUUCCGUCGCGUGGAAAUUAAUUCAUCAACAUUAAAGACACUGAAGCUGAUAGAUUAUGGGAUUCCUGGAGUUGGAUAUGAAUUAGAUGGGGUUUCUGGAGUUAGAGAUGAAUUAGAAAUUAUUGCCCCGUAUCUUCAGAAUUUGGAAAUAUCAGGAGAUUUUCUUGAUGUCAAGUGUAAACUUGUUGAUGUCUCUUCUCUAGUUAAUGCUAAGAUUAAUUACAACAAUAAAUGUAUCAAUCACAUCCCAAAUGUUAAUGAAGAACACAACUGCCGUGACUAUCAUCAAGUAUUAUAUUCCCUCAUCCAAGAAAAUCUUCAAAAGUUAUGUUAUGCAACUGAGCUAACAAUUGGAAAUUGGUUCACACAGGUCAUGUGCAUGUUGCAGUUCAAACGGAUUCCCGUUUCAGAUUUUUACUGCAAAUAUCUAACCCUGCAGUUGCAUAUGAAAAAGUUUAAUUUGUAUGGAGUAGCUGGUUUUUUGAGAGCCUCGCCUCAUGUGGAAACACUCAACAUAGACAUGCAAACUAUGGAGUUAGAUGAUAUUUGCAACUAUGUUGACAAUUCACGCUGCAACUCUGAGUUACGUGAUUUGGCCAAAGGAGAUAAUAUGGAUUUGCAGAAUUGUGUUUCAAGCCUUGAGUUUCACAACCUCAAGAAUGUUAAGAUUGUCAUCUCAUCGAAGCUAUGCUUGAAGUAUCAUGUCAAAUGGGGCUUUAAGAAGCUAUUCAAACUUUCAAAAUUUCUGUUAAUCAAUGCAUCCGUUUUGGAGAAGUUCAUUAUCAUAUCAAAGAGAAGCAGUUUUAUCGGCUCUGCAGCGACUUCAUUUAUUCCUCUGUUCCAGUUUUAUCGGCUUUGCAGCGACUUUGAGUAUAUUUAUGUAGCCGAGUCACGUGGGCUUCUUCUUAUACUCCCUUACCGGAAGAUAAAGGGAACUUAUCCUCUUACAAAGAGACAAAGUAGUAGCUGA